AUGGCAUCACCUCUGGUACUGACACUCCUUCUUCACACUGUGAGCUCAACUUUCCAGCCUGCUUUGGUGAUAGAAAUGGCCAAGGUUCUGCUGGAUAACUACUGCUUUCCUGAGAAUCUCGUUGGGAUGCAGGAGGCCAUCAGACAAGCGAUCAACAGUGGAGAAAUACUGCAGAUUUCAGACAAGAAGACUCUGGCAGCUGUGCUUACAGUCGGAGUACAAGGGGCGCUCAACGAUCCAAGAUUGACUGUGUCAUAUGAGCCAAAUUUUGUGCCAGCAAUACCAUCGUCUCUUCCCAAAGAGCAGCUGACCUGGAUAGUAAGAAACUCCGUCAAGCUGGAUAUCCUUGACAACAAUGUUGGGUACUUGCGGUUGGAUCGGAUCAUCGGUAAAGAGACAGUGACAAAGCUUGGCUCUCGGCUGAGGGACAACAUUUGGGACAGAGUUGCUGAAACUUCCUCCCUCAUCCUUGACCUGAGGUAUAGUACAGCUGGAGAACUGUCUGGUGUUCCCAUUAUAAUCUCCUAUUUCUCCGAGCCCGGGAACCUCAUUCAAAUAGACACUGUGUAUGACAGGCCCUCGAAUACAACCAGGGAACUGUGGACCAUGCCAUCGAUAAGAGGGAAAAGGUUUGGUAAGAAGAAAGACCUAAUCAUUUUGACCAGUAGACGUACAAUUGGUGCUGCUGAGGCUGUGGCAUACACAUUAAAGAACCUUAAGAGGGCCAUUAUAGUUGGGGAAAGGUCCGCUGGUGGGUCAGUAAGAGUCCAAAAGGUGAGGAUUGCUCAAACAGAUUUCUACAUUACUGUUCCUGUGGCAAGAUCAAUAAGUCCGAUCACAGGCCAGAGCUGGGAGGUUCGUGGAGUUUCCCCAACCGUCAGCGUCAACGCUAAGGAAGCUGUCACAAGAGCCAAGUCCCUUCUCGCAAUAAGGAGAGCAAUUCCAAAAGUUGUGCAGAGUAUUUCAGACAUAAUUGGGAGGUUUUAUGCCUUCACAGAUAGAGUCCCAAGUCUUCAGCAACAGCUUCAGUCCAUAGACUUGUUCCCUGUGGUAUCCAAGGAGGAUCUGGCUGCCAGACUCAAUGAGGAACUCCAAGCAGUGUCAGAGGAUCCAAGACUUGUCAUUAGAUACAACCAAGACAGUGCUGCUAAGACAGAGGACGAUCCUGAGCUUUACGAUAUACCUGAUCACCUGGAAGAAUUGACUGAACUGGUAGACACGACGUUCAAAGUGGAAAUUCUCCGACAUAAUACUGGCUAUCUCCGCUUUGAUAAGUUUGUCAAAUUGUCAAAUUGGGCUCGACUUGAAGGGCUUUUGGUCAAAAAGGUCUGGGAGCCCCUUAAAGAUAGCGAUAAUCUGAUUAUUGAUCUGCGCUACAACGCUGGUGGGUCAUCAUCGUCUUUAUCCUUAUUAUUGUCCUACUUGCAAAAUUCAUCCCAGAAACAACAUUUUUUCACAAUAUAUGACAGGAUUCAGAAUAUAACAACUGAAUAUUUUACUUUGCCUCGAAUAAGUGGUGUAGUUUAUGGCUCCAAACGUGGGGUCUAUGUUUUGACAAGCUACCAUACAGCAGGUGUUGGCGAAGAGUUUGCUUACCUGACACAGUCCUUACAUUUUGGCACAGUCAUUGGGGAAAUAACAUCAGGUAACCUGCUGCACUCAAGGACAUUUUCAGUAGAGGGGACAGAUAUUAGUAUCACUGUCCCUUUUAUUAAUUUUUUAGACAAUGAUGGUGAAUGCUGGCUUGGAGGUGGUGUUGUCCCCGAUGCCAUUGUGCUGGCUGAGGAGGCUGUGGACCAUGUUCAUGAGAUUGCAAAUUUUCACCAAGGAAUGAGAUCACUUGUAGAGAAGACUGGGGAACUGUUUGAAAAACACUAUGCGGUCCAUGAUGUUGCACUUAAGGUUAGCAAGGAGCUGUUGAUCAAAUGGACUGAGGGACUGUACCGGUCUGUGGUGGACUUUGAAUCUUUGGCGUCUCAGUUAACAGCAGAUCUCCAAGAAACCACAAGUGAUCACCGCAUCCAUGUGUUCCACUGCAGUGUCGAGCCUGAGACACUUUCUGACGUCCCUAAGAUUCCUACUGCUGAGGAAGCAGGUUACAUGAUUGAAGCUUUAUUCAAGACUGAGCUCCUACCUGGUAAUGUUGGCUAUUUGAGGUUUGACAUGAUGGCAGAUAUAGAAGUUGUAAAAGCCAUUGGGCCUCAGCUGAUCCAGCUAGUCUGGAGCAAAAUAAUGAACACAAAUGCUCUUAUAAUUGACAUGAGGUACAACAGCGGUGGAUAUUCAACAGCAGUUCCUCUCUUGUGCUCCUAUUUCUUUGAUGCUAAACCCUUACGGCAUCUUUACACAGUCUUUGACCGCACUACAAACACCAUGACAGAGGUAAUGACAUUGCCCCAAGUAAUGGGCCAGAGAUAUGGGCCCUCCAAGGAGGUCUACAUUCUCACCAGUCACAUGACAGGUUCAGCAGCUGAGUUGUUUACACACACUAUGAAGGAUCUAAAAAGGGCCACGAUCAUUGGAGAGUCAACCAUCGGAGGAUCUCUGUCAAGUGGAACUUACCAGAUUAAAGAGAAUGUUUUGUACGCCUCCAUCCCUAACCAGGUUGUGUUUAGUGCAAUCACUAAAAAAAUGUGGAGCAUUUCAGGAGUUGAGCCUCACGUCAUUGUCCACGCAAAUGAGGCUCUUUCUGCAGCACAGAGAAUCAUAGCAGCGAGGCUGCUGAGGAGAGACCAGGGGUAG